UCCAUUCAAUGUGCCGUACUGGACGCGUGCGAAGAGGCAGCGUGGUGCUUAUCUCUCGUUCUUUUCAGCUGGUCCUUCGAGCGCGGAUUCGACCGCGGGCACUAGUGACUCGAGAGUGCGGAGAGCGCGUUUCUCUCACGGUGGCAUCGUACAAAAAUAUUCGAGGACAUGGAGGUUAAGUGGAAAGGACAGUUUGUUCUGUCCUCUCUGAUGAUAUGUAUAGUUUUUAUAAAUGUGGAUCCAGUUUUCAGUAGGCAUUAUGUAAGACACUAUCGAGAGAGAUUCAAAAGACAACAAGGGGCCAAUCUUUACUUGCCUGGGAGUUACGUAACAGACACAGAUGAACCAGACGAAGGACCGUGGUCAGAGUGGUCUUCCCCAGGGGUCUGUUCGAGGACGUGUGGUGGAGGAGUCAGUACUCAAUACAGAGAGUGUACAUCUGGUUCGGCUUGUCGAGGGCCUAAAUACAGAUAUAUCUCUUGUAAUACACAGGAUUGCCCAGACUUGAGCGAUUAUCGGUCACAGCAAUGUUCAGAGUUCAACAAUGUGCCAUUCGAAGGAGUAUAUUAUCAAUGGGUUCCUUACACAAAAGCCCCAAACCAAUGUGAGCUGAACUGCAUGCCAACAGGAGAGAGGUUUUAUUACAGACAUAAACAGCAAGUUAUUGAUGGUACAAGAUGCAACGAUCUGAGUCCAGAUGUUUGCGUACAGGGUAAAUGCCGGCACGUUGGCUGUGACAUGAUGUUAGGGUCGCCCAUGAAGGAGGAUGUUUGCCGAAAGUGUGGUGGAGACGGCAGCACGUGUCAAACAAUAACAGGACGAUAUGACAAACAAGAUUUACAAGUUGGCUAUAAUAACAUCAUCUUGAUACCUAGGGGUGCCACAAAUAUAAAAGUACAAGAAGUGGGACCAUCAAAUAAUUAUCUAGCUAUUAGGAAUAGUUCUGGGUACUAUCAUCUGAAUGGAAACUGGAGGAUAGAUUUCCCAAGAACCAAGGAAUUUGCAGGUUGUUCGUUCAAAUAUGAAAGGUUUCCACAAGGGUUACCUGCUCCAGACAAAAUAUCUACUCUUGGACCAACUGAUGAACCACUUAUUAUUGUGCUAUUGUACCAGGAGCCAAAUGUUGGCGUCGACUAUGAAUACAGUGUUCCAACUAUGGUCAACCCAGGGAACGAUUCAGAAAUAUACGCUUGGACAUUCGAUCCUUUCAAUCCUUGCAGUGUUACUUGUGGAGGAGGACUCCAAUACAGAAACGUCACUUGCGUGGGUCGUCAAAACCUGAACCCAGUCGACGAACGCCUCUGCGAUACAAACUCGAAACCGGCGCAGGUUCAAGAAUGCAAUACGGAACCCUGCAUGGCCCAGUGGGUGCCUUAUCCAUGGGGAAAGUGUUCCGCACCAUGUGGAGGCAAGGGCGAACAGAUACGCGACGUAACCUGUCAACAGAUCAACCACGGUAUAUCGACAGUGGUCGGAGAUGACCAGUGUGCUGGACAGCCUAAACCUGAAGGCACCAAACCUUGUUCGAGAGGUCCCAUCUGUCCAAAAUGGCAUACGGGGCCGUGGAAAGCUUGCGACCAUCUCUGCGGUGACGGCUUUCAAACAAGGAAGGUGAGAUGCUUCACGAAGAAUGGCACCCGGGUGGAAAUAUUGAAAGAUUCGGAUUGUACAGAUCCCAAGCCCGAAAAUAAGAAGCCCUGCAACCUGAGACCUUGCGAGGGCGUUGAUUGGAUUGCAUCGGACUGGAGUGGGUGUGAAAGUAAGUGUGGUCUCGCCAAUGAAACUAGAAAAGUCCAUUGCGCAUCGAUAAAAGGCAAGAUAUACCCUGACAACCUGUGCGAACCUGAGCUCAAGCCUCCAACAUUGAGAAAGUGCGAAACAACGAACUCAUCCUGCGACUAUCUUUACUACGCGUCACAAUGGAGCGAGUGUUCAGCCAAAUGCGGCCAAGGCAUUCAGACGAGGACAGUUUUCUGUGGUGCCACAGACGGGAAAACUGUUACCAAGGUGGACAAUUCGAAGUGCGAUCAGACGAAGAAGUACCAAACCAUAAAGAACUGCACGGCAGAUGUGAAGUGCGCUGGAGAAUGGUUCAGCGGUCCUUGGAAAGAGUGUUCUAAAAAAUGUGGUGGUGGAUUCCGAUCAAGAAAAGUGGUCUGCAUCUUAGACGAUGAAGUCGUACGAGAAUCUGAGUGUGAUCAGAAAACAAUAAUGUUCAGCCAAGAAACAUGUAACACCCGCAGUUGUGCAGAAAAUGAAGAGGCAACAACACCAUCGAUUAUUCAAACAUCUACAAUUGAGGAAACAACGGAAUUAUCUACUACUGAAGUAUCCACAUCUGAAGCAACCAUGUCGACAUCUGAAAUAUGGACAGAAAUAACCGAAGCAUCUACAACAGAAGCGUCUACGACAGAAUACACUGAGACCACAAGUGAUAGUUCAACGGCAAUCUCUACUGAUACAUUUAGUUCUUCUACUACUGAUUUCGCAACAUCUACAGUUACCACCAGUCCUGAACUUCAAGAAAAUACCCCAGUAGUACCAAAAAAAGCGCUGGACGAUGACUACGAAAUAGUUCAAUCAGAUUCUUGCGAAGAUGGCGAAUGGGUGGAUGCUGAAACAUUAGAACCUCUCAUGGCAGAUGACCCCUAUGUACUUCCUGUCGCCGAAAAAACAAGUUUCUCCGAUCUGUCACUCGAAGAUGAGGAACUGAUGCUUGGUGAUCAGCCAGCAGCAACAACGCCAAAAGAUGUAGAUAUAGGAUCUGGUGAUGAUGGAUUUAUAAUAUCUACUGACGAAGAACUCGACGAAGGAUCCGGUUCUAGUUCCACAACUACCGAUAUCAUUUCAACCACUGAUGUGUAUUCUACCACAGAAAUCACGAAGGACAUAAUUAGUACAACGAAAAAAGGGGUACCAGCUCUCCCACCUAUAGAAUCUGAUGGGGGUACAGAAGAUGAAGCUGAAGAAAAAAAACUUACAAUAGGAACAACACUUGAAAGUGAAGAAACACAAAGUGGAUUCACAACAGAAAGUGGGCUCACAACGGAAAGCGGACUCACAACGGAAAGUGGACUCACAACAGAAAGCGGACUCACAACGGAAAGUGGACUCACAACGGAAAACGGAAUCACAACAGAAAGCGGACUCACAACGGAAAGCGGACUCACAACGGAAAGCGGACUCACAACGGAAAGCGGACUCACAACGGAAAGCGGUCUCACAACGGAAAGCGGACUCACAACGGAAAGCGGGCCCACAACGGAAAGUGGACUCACAACGGAAAGCGGACUCACAACGAAAAGCGAAAUGACAACAGAAAGUGGAGCUACUACAGAAAGCGGACCUACAGCAGAAAGCAAAAUGACAACAGAAAGCGGGCCUACAGCAGAAAGCAAAAUGACAACAGAAAGUGGUCCUACAACGGAAAGCGGACUCACAACAGAAAGUGGACCAACGACAGAAAGCGGAAUGACAACAGAGAGUGGACUCACAACGGAAAGUGGACUCACAACGGAAAGUGGACUCACAACAGAAAGUGGACUCACAACGGAAAGUGGACUCACGACAGAAAGUGGGCUCACAACAGAAAGUGGUCUUACAACAGGAAGCACACAAUCCUCCGAGAGUGGAGCUACAACAGAAAAUGAAUCAUCAAUCCAAACUGAAGGUCUUACAACCGAAUUCGAUGUUACUAGUGACAGUAGUGGAAUAUCAGAGAGCAGCGGUACUACUGAAAGUGGACUAACCACUGAGAGUGGAUCUACUCCUAAUAUAAGUAGUGAUACAACACAAAGCGGAGCUACCACCGAAAUAGGAUCAACCACAGAAAUUGGUUCCACUGUGGAAUUGGCAUCCACCACUUCAGGUGCAUCUGAAGCAGAUUCAUCUACCAUGAUUGGGUCUACUACAGAAACGCUCACGAGUACUGGUAGUGAAUCCACAGAUUCCAGUGUAACGUCCACUUCUGACACGAGUGCAGGUACAGAUAUAACUGCAGAAAGCUCAACACCCAUUGAUAUCUCAAUAUCUACAAUAUCUACUAGUACUACAGAAUCAUCCGAAAGCUCUGAAGAAUCUACUAGAUCUACAACAGAAUUCACUGGAAGUACAGAAUCUUCAGCCGAAACAAGCUCUGAGCGUUCAGAAGCAACUCUAUCAACUAUCGAUUACACUGGUAGCACAGUUCCGGAUAUAUGGACAUCAACAACUGAAAGUGUGACAUCUUCUGUAACGGACCUAUUCAUGAAGAGACCUAGAAUGUGCAAAAGAAAAAAGAAGAAGAAGAGUUGUCAUUCAACAAAACACGGAUGUUGCCCCGAUAAAAUUACACCAGCUGCUGGACCAUUCGAUGAAGGAUGUCCAAUACCAAAAACUUGCCAAGAGAGUAAAUUUGGUUGUUGCGAUGACGGAGUUUCACCUGCUUUGGAUCAAAAUAAGAAAGGCUGCCCUCAAACGCAUUGCAACGAGACGCUUUUCGGUUGCUGCCCAGACAAUAAGACACCAGCAGAAGGAAAUGAUAAUGAAGGCUGUCCCCCACCAGAACCUGCUUGCCUCAAAUCCAAAUAUGGAUGUUGUGACGACAAUAUCACAAAUGCUAAAGGACCCAAUGGAAAAGGUUGUGAGAAACCAACGACCCCAACGCCAAAAGAAGAUUGCCGUACCACCAAAUUUGGAUGUUGUCCAGACAAUACAACUUCUGCAAAAGGAGAAGAUUACGAAGGGUGUGACAUAUUCAAAGACAACUGUCAAGAAUCCUAUUUCAAGUGUUGCCCAGAUGGUGUCACUUCUGCGAAAGGUCCUAGCUUCAAGGGAUGCGAGAUGCCUUGCUCAAACAGCACCUUCGGCUGUUGCCCUGAUGGAAAAACACCAUCGCAUGGUCCAAACAGGGAAGGAUGUUGCUUGGUCUAUGAACAUGGAUGUUGUCCCGACAAUAUCACUCCCUCAAGAAGUCCACAACUCGAGGGAUGUGGUUGUGAUUAUUCUGCAUUUGGAUGUUGCCCAGAUAAUAGUACACUGGCCAAGGGACCGAAUAAUGAGGGUUGUGAUUGUAGAUAUUCUGCCAAUGGUUGCUGUCCUGAUGACUUCACAAUUGCUAAAGGACCAAACUUCCAAGGUUGUCCUUGCCAAACAUUCCAAUUUGGCUGUUGUCCUGAUGGCAUUAGUCCUGCUAAGGGUUCAAACCAACUUGGUUGUAACUGUACCUACACUGAGUUUGGAUGCUGCUCAGAUGAACUAACACCAGCUAAAGGUCCCAACAGAGCAGGUUGUGACUGCUCCACUAGUAAGUUUGGAUGCUGUCUCGAUGGAAUGUCAGAAGCCAGAGGGGAGAACUACGAAGGAUGUGAAGAGAUACCAAUCAAUGCUCAAGAGAGCUGCACAUCGAACAAAGAGAGAGGAAGCUGCGGUAACUAUACAGUCAAAUGGUUCUUCGACAAAGAAUAUGGAGGCUGUUCACGUUUCUGGUAUGGAGGUUGUGGAGGUAAUAGUAACAGAUUCAAAUCGAAAGAAGACUGUGAUACUGUUUGCGUUAAACCAGAAGGAAGAGAUCGUUGUAAAUUACCGAAAAUAACAGGUCCAUGUGAAGGUUAUUAUGUUCAAUGGUACUAUGAUAAUGAGAGAAGGACGUGCGACCAGUUCGUGUACAGCGGAUGUCUUGGCAACAAUAACAGAUUCGAAACAGUCGAAGCAUGUAAUGCAGUCUGUGCAACAGACAAUGCUGUGGAAACCUGCGAGCAGACGAUGGAUGAAGGUCCUUGUAGAGGCAACUUCCAGAGGUGGCAUUUCGACAAAGAAUCGAAGACCUGCAGAGAAUUCCGCUAUGGUGGAUGUAAGGGCAACCACAAUAAUUUCGUCACUGAAGCAGCCUGUAGGCAAAGCUGUAUGGCGCAGGGUCAGAAGAAAGAGCUCUGCAGUCUUCCUAAAGUAGAAGGUAACUGUACCCAGCAAGAAGCUAGAUGGUAUUCCGACCCUGCUGAAAAUAUUUGCAAACCAUUUUAUUAUACUGGUUGCAGCGGAAACGGCAAUAACUUCCUUAGUGAAGAAGCAUGUUUAUCUGAGUGUCCUCAGCAAGUCAAAAAAGACGCCUGUCAUCUGCCGGCAGAAACAGGAAACUGCGUCAACUUCACGGACAGAUUCUACUAUGAUACGAAGGAAAGAGCAUGCCGCCAUUUCUAUUAUGGAGGUUGUGGAGGAAACGAAAAUAAUUUCGAGUCCGAGGUUCAGUGUCAGCAGAGAUGCGUCGAAGGUUACUUGGAACCGAUUACAAGACCACCAGUUCCUACUUAUGAUGGUCCAUUCAAGACAGAAUAUUGCUUUGCGCCUCAAGAAACCGGUCCUUGCAGAGCUGCUAUGCCAAAAUACCACUACGACAGAUCUGACGGUGUUUGUAAACCUUUCAUUUAUGGUGGAUGUCACGGAAACAGAAAUAACUUCGACACUAUAGAUGACUGCUACAGAUAUUGUGGCAAUGCACAAGAUCGAUGUGGAUUGCCCCCAAUUGUUGGUGAAUGUAAAGGAGAAUACAUUCAAUUUUACUAUGAGCCGGCCUCUGAUUCUUGCAAGAGCUUCUUGUACGGUGGAUGCGGUGGUAAUUACAACAGGUUCCCGGAUCAAGUCAGCUGUGAGCAAAGCUGUAGGAAAGCACCUCCUAUUAUCGCUACCACCGCUCCUCCAUCACCAGUUCCACGGCCAAGUGAAGCAAUGUGUCUGGAACAAGCAGACCCAGGAAAUUGCACAGAGAGUCAUCAAGCUUUCUUCUAUGACUACAAUACUGGUACCUGCCAAGCGUUCUCAUAUACCGGAUGUGGUGGAAAUCACAACCGAUUCCAAACAGAAGAGCAAUGCGAGAGAUUGUGUGGACAAUUUGCAGGUCAAGAUGUUUGCGAGCAAGAGAAAGAUCCAGGUCCAUGCAAUGCCAACAUUCCCAAAUACUACUACAACAAACAGUCUAGAAGAUGUUUGGAGUUCGUCUAUGGUGGCUGUGGUGGAAAUGGCAACAGAUUCAGUUCAGCUGUAGAUUGCGAAUCUGUUUGUUUGACUCGGUUUGAAAGACCUUCAAAUGAAACUGACACAGCUGUGUGUGUACUGCCUGUGGAUCAGGGAUCUUGCGAUGGUGGUUAUAAUAAGAGAUGGUAUUUCGAUAACGAAAGAGGCGAGUGCAUCGCCUUCAUCUACAGCGGUUGUGGUGGUAACUUCAACAAUUUCAAAACUUUCCAAAGUUGCAUAACAACUUGCAAAGAUUACAUCACUCAGACAGAACCUCCUCUUCCAAAUCCAAAUCCUGCAGGUUCGCACCCUUGUCAGACACAAUUCGAACUGUGUGAAACCCUUAGAUGUCCCUACGGCAUAGAGGCUUAUGUGGAUGAAAACAGCUGCAACAACUGCCGUUGCCACGAUCCUUGCAGAGAAGUGGAAUGUCCGGAAAAGACCAAGUGUGCCAUUGAUUUCAACAGGAACAGAACGAGCAACAAUGAUCCUAACUUUGUUGCUGUAUGUCGUCAAAUCAAUAAAGAGGGACACUGCCCAAGACUAGAGCUCGGAGAGGACAACUGUGACAGAGAAUGUUACGACGAUGCUGAUUGCACCCUAGACCUCAAAUGCUGCACUACGAAAUGUGGAGCUGUUUGUUCUGUACCUGUUGUCAGGGAACCUUCACCUUUAGUUACUCUGCCUGGACCCACUGAAGCACCUCAAUAUGCGGCCCAAAUUGACCCAGAACAGUAUAAACCCGAAGUCAUGGGUGAAAUUGGAAGUCACAUAACACUUCGUUGUGCUGUCAAAGGUAAUCCAGUACCACGUAUUUCAUGGAGCAAAGACGGCAUACAGAUCGAUGGAACGAAAUCGAGAUUUAGAAUAAAACUUGAUCAAUCCCUUCAAAUUAUCACACUUUAUACCACUGAUUCUGGUAUAUACCUAUGUACGGCAGACAACAAUCUAGGAAACCCUGUACAAAGUCAAAUCAAAUUGGAUGUAGUAGCACCAGCAGUAAAUACUUCAGCAUCUGUGUAUUCCGAUGAUGAAAUGAACCCUAAUAUAGUAGCAUCCUUGAACGCUCCCGCCCUCCUCAAUUGUUUCGCACUUGGAUAUCCUAUACCUGUUAUAACAUGGUGGAAAGAAAACGACAUGAUUCCCCUCAAAACGUCCCAAUUUGAAGUACGCAAGGACUUUUCGCUUCUCAUUCAUUCUGUUCAAUUAUCGAAUCUUGGUAUAUACACUUGCCAGGCUUAUAACGGCAUAGGAAAGGCUGCAAGUUAUGCGGUAACUGUGCAGGCUAAAGGUCCUUACUACGGAAAAAUUGAUCCUGAGAACAGAAAGUAUUUGAAAUACGUAAUCAGUCCUCCAAAUGCACCGACAACAGCUACACCUCUUACACCACCGCCCUUGACCUCCCCUCCUUAUGUGCCUUCUCCUUACGAACCACCACCUAUCGUACAAACAGAACGUCCAAUAAUUCCAACGGCAUUUACUGUAAUACCCGACAGGACCACUAGUUACUAUGUUCCUAUAAGUGUGAAUUUGACAACGCCAGAGAAGAGGUCUCCAGUAGGAAACGAUCUGAAGCUUGUAUGUGAAUUCCAAGGUUAUCCCCCACCACGUAUCAGUUGGUUCAAGGACGGAGUACCACUGACGUCAUCGAAUAGAAUCAACAUUGAGGUUCAUCCAACAGGUUAUAGUCGUCUCAUAUUAUUCAAAGCAACUAAGGCAGAUUCUGGUAUUUAUGAAUGUGAAGCCAAAAACGAAAACUCCAGGGCAACAAGCUCAACUGAAAUCACAGUAGAAGGAAUCUACAUACAUCCAAGCUGCACAGACAACAAAUUCUUCGCUAACUGCACACUCAUUGUUGCAGAAAAUUAUUGUGACCACAAGUAUUAUGCCAAAUUCUGCUGUAGGUCAUGUACCGAAGCAGGCUUACUUCCAGCAAAUGGUGAUCAUUUGCGAGGUUUAGACAAAUAUGCAUCAAUACGAAAUAAUUUGGUCUAAUUGAGAUAAACUGUUACUAGUCCCAUUUUUUGUUUUUAAGUUUUUCUAGCCUAAGUAAUUUUAUUAUUAAAUUAAUAAUUUGCCAUCUGUAUUUAAAUUUAUAAACUGGAUUCGAUAAAUAAUCAAUUGUAAUUAAAUGUAGAUAAAUUAUUCAAAAUGCACAUUCAAUGUGCAAGUUUGUGUGCCUUAUUAUUGAUCAAAACUUUGUAAAUACUGAUCAACCAACAUUUUUUAAGGAUGUGUACCUACUUGCAGAAUAAACAUAUUUUGAAUUA